AUGUUCCUCAACAAUCUGUUGAAGCCGUUUGGUGGUAGUUUCACUUUAGCACUUCGUUAUAACUGCCCGUGGCAUCGAAGCAACUUCAGACCGUGCUACUUCCCGUUCAAGUUGAAAUUGAAACUGAAGAAACAGACAGUGAAUGAGCGACUGAAAACUCGUGGAGGACGUUUGAUUCUGAUGCGACGAAUCCUGAAAGAAGAUCAUUUCUUAGCGUGGAAUCACCGUGGUGAUACGCCCGAAAAACGAUUAUCAUAUCCUUUGUAG